CAAGAUUCCAAUAUGGCGACUGGAGCAAACGAGGAUAUUGUAAAGCAUUCCGUUCAUACGCUUGUUUUUCGCUCGUUAAAGCGAACCCAUGACUUCUUUCUUAAUGACCACGCGUUGCCAGUCGACAAGCAUGAAGAAUGUGAGAAAGCAAAGAUUGCCUGCAAAGUUCGUGACGAAUAUGAAGCUGUAAAAAACAUGGUUCAAGCCAAAGACACAACAGAACAUCUAAAACCACAUCCAGAAAAGAAAUCAACUGAUUUGGUAACUGCAUUACACAAAAUCCCCCCAUCAAGUCAGGGAGAUGAAAAAAUAUCCAGGGCUUUAGUGUCUGUGGGUGGCGGGACUAAACAGCAGCCAUCAACAGCAAUAAUGCAGCAACGCAAGGCUUCAUCGUUACCAAAACCACAGUGGCACCCACCAUGGAAGCUGAUGAGGGUCAUUAGUGGUCAUACAGGAUGGGUGAGGUCUGUCUCUGUUGAGCCUGGUAAUCAAUGGUUUGCUACAGGAUCUGCAGAUAGAACUAUAAAAAUUUGGGAACUUGGUAGUGGAAAGUUAAAGCUAUCACUAACAGGACACAUAAGUACAGUGCGUGGUUUAGUUGUCAGUCCUAGACACCCCUAUUUAUUCUCUUGUGGUGAAGACAAGCAAGUAAAAUGCUGGGAUUUAGAAUAUAAUAAGGUUAUUCGUCAUUACCAUGGCCACUUGAGUGCAGUCCAUGCUCUUGAUUUGCACCCUACAAUAGAUGUUCUUGUUUCUUGUGGAAGAGAUGCAACAGCAAGGGUUUGGGACAUUAGAACCAAAGCAUGUAUCCAUACAUUAUCAGGACAUACCAAUACUGUGGCCACGGUUAAGACACAGAGUGUUGAACCACAGAUUAUCACUGGAAGUCAUGACUGCACUAUCAAGCUGUGGGAUUUAGCAGCAGGAAAGACAAAAGUAACAUUAACAAAUCAUAAAAAGAGUGUUAGGGCUGUUGUUCUCAAUCCAAACUCGUUCACAUUUGCAAGUGCGUCACCUGACAAUAUAAAAAUAUGGCAAUUUCCAGAUGGUAAUUUCUUACAGAAUCUUCAAGGACACAAUGCUAUUAUCAACUGUUUGGCAGUCAACUCUGACAAUGUUUUGGUCUCAGGAGGUGAUAAUGGCACAAUGCACUUCUGGGACUGGAAAACUGGAUAUAAUUUCCAGAGAGUGCAGGGAACUGCACAACCUGGAUCUCUAGACAGCGAGGCAGGCAUCUAUGAUAUGAUAUUCGACCAGAGUGGUAGCAGACUCAUUACUUGUGAAGYCGACAAGACUAUUAAGAUUUACAAGGAAGAUGACAGUGCUAGUGAAGAAACACAUCCUAUCAACUGGAAGCCUGAAAUAUUGAAGCGAAAACGAUAUUAACAUAUUCAUUUUACAAGGAUAUAUUACUAUUGAUGCUUUGCUGAUGAAUUUCAAUUACAUGUUUUUAACAAACAUGUAUAAAUACUAGCAGACAUUGUAAUAUAAAACCAUGAAAACUGUUGUACAGUUUUAUGCAGAACUAGGGAGAUUUAUUGUACUUGAUAUAAUUAUUACUGAACUUUAAAAAGCCUAGAUUACCAUGUCUUCUAGUUUUAAGUAUUUGUCAUGGUGACUCCUUGGAAGUUUUAUGGAAUAAUUCAAGUGUGAAGAAGAUUACUUCUGUACUACAAGAAGUGGGCUGAAAAAAAGAGUGUAACCAGCUAUUUUUAAUCAACUUUGAGCUGUUUGAAUAUGGGAUGAAAUAUUUCUUAAAGCUUUUAGUUUAGAAAACGUUUUUUUCAUAUCUGACUAUCCAUUACUCAAGGGAGGAACAUGGUCUGAUAUGGAAAAAUAUUAAGCUUAUAUCUUAUGGGCCUUUUUCACGUGACAGCCAUAUUGGUUGGAACAAUAGAUUCUACCACGCUAGCCUCACAUACAAGGGUGUGAAAAUAAAUUAAUGUAGGUUAAACAAAGGUUUUUAUUCUCAUGAGAAUAAACAUGGCCGCGGUGUGAUAAGGCCCAUUGACCCCAUUUGUAUAAAUUAGUUUUAUAAAUACAUUAUAAAGUAUUAUCAAGUAAAUAAAAAAAUCUUUUUAAUAGU